GUGGCGCGAGGCUGCGGAGCGCGGGUCGGGGUGAGGAUGCUGCGGGGCGGCUGCGGAGGCGUCGCUUGCUGCUGAGGCGGCUGGGCUCUGCGCGGCCUCGGCCCGUGACAGCGCGACGAGCGCGGCGCUUCCGAUCGGACGAAUGCAUGACAACAUGUCCACAAUGGUGUACAUGAAGGAAGAGAAGCUGGAGAAGCUUACGCAGGAUGAAAUCAUUUCUAAGACCAAGCAGGUGAUCCAGGGGCUGGAGGCCCUGAAGAAUGAGCACAACUCCAUCCUGCAGAGUCUGCUGGAGACGCUGAAGUGCUUGAAGAAGGACGAUGAGAGCAACCUGGUGGAGGAGAAGUCCAGCAUGAUCCGCAAGUCCUUGGAGAUGCUGGAGCUCGGCCUGAGCGAGGCGCAGGUGAUGAUGGCCCUGUCUAAUCACCUGAAUGCCGUGGAGUCCGAGAAGCAGAAGCUCCGAGCUCAGGUUCGACGUCUGUGCCAGGAGAACCAGUGGCUGCGGGAUGAACUGGCCAACACACAGCAGAAGUUACAGAAGAGCGAGCAGUCCGUGGCUCAGCUGGAGGAGGAGAAGAAGCACCUGGAGUUCAUGAACCAGCUGAAGAAAUACGACGACGACAUCUCUCCCUCGGAAGACAAAGACUCUGAUUCUUCCAAAGAGCCGUUGGAUGACCUCUUCCCGAAUGAUGAGGAUGACCCAGGACAAGGAAUCCAGCAGCAACACAGCAGUGCUGCGGCCGCCGCCCAGCAGGGCGGCUACGAGAUCCCUGCCCGGCUGCGCACGCUCCACAACCUGGUGAUCCAGUAUGCCUCGCAGGGGCGUUACGAGGUGGCGGUGCCACUCUGCAAGCAGGCCCUGGAGGACCUGGAGAAGACUUCCGGCCACGACCACCCUGAUGUGGCCACCAUGCUCAACAUCCUGGCCCUGGUGUACAGGGAUCAGAACAAGUAUAAAGACGCAGCAAACCUCCUGAACGAUGCCCUGGCUAUCCGUGAGAAAACCCUGGGCCGAGAUCACCCUGCGGUGGCUGCGACCCUCAACAACCUAGCAGUGCUGUACGGUAAGCGUGGCAAGUACAAAGAGGCCGAGCCGCUGUGCAAACGGGCCCUGGAGAUCAGGGAGAAGGUUCUGGGAAAGGAUCACCCUGAUGUUGCUAAGCAACUAAAUAAUCUGGCCUUGCUGUGCCAGAACCAGGGCAAGUACGAGGAGGUGGAGUAUUACUACCAGAGGGCCCUGGAGAUCUACCAGACGAAGCUCGGACCCGAUGAUCCCAACGUGGCCAAGACGAAGAAUAACCUGGCUUCCUGUUAUCUGAAACAAGGGAAGUUCAAACAAGCAGAAACAUUGUACAAGGAGAUUCUCACCCGCGCACAUGAACGGGAGUUUGGAUCUGUGGAUGAUGAAAACAAGCCCAUAUGGAUGCACGCGGAGGAGAGAGAGGAGUGCAAAGGAAAGCAGAAGGACGGGUCGUCUUUUGGAGAGUAUGGCGGCUGGUAUAAGGCCUGCAAAGUGGACAGUCCCACCGUCACAACCACCUUGAAAAACCUGGGAGCACUUUACCGCCGCCAGGGGAAGUUUGAAGCUGCGGAGACACUGGAGGAAGCUGCCCUGAGGUCACGUAAGCAGGGUCUUGACAAUGUUCACAAACAGAGAGUGGCUGAAGUGCUAAAUGACCCUGAGAACGUGGAGAAGCGGAGGAGCCGGGAGAGCCUCAAUGUGGACGUGGUCAAGUACGAGAGUGGCCCUGACGGAGGGGAGGAAGUGAGUAUGAGCGUAGAGUGGAAUGGGGAUGGCACUGGAUCUUUAAAGCGCAGUGGCUCCUUUAGCAAACUCCGGGCUUCCAUUAGACGCAGCAGUGAGAAGCUGGUUAGGAAGCUGAAGGGAGGAAGCUCCCGGGACAGUGAGCCGAGGAACCCUGGGGCACCCGCAGAGCCUCUUUGUGUGGAAAACGACAGCAGCAGCCUAGAAGACGCUAGUACCAACGGCUGAGAUCAAAGGUGUCUGAUCUCAUUACGUCAUUGCGCCUAGCUCGACCAGGUUUUGCAAUAAAUCCCCAUGUUGGAGAGUGUAUUCAUCAACCCACACAUCCCGAAUGCCUGGCCUGCAGGGACCUCAGCCACCCUGCUGUGUGUGUAGAAGGGACACUUCCAUGACCGACACAUCCUCUUCCUGACUUUACCCUGAGCUGAGCAUGGUCUCUGCACAGCUGACACUGGCUGAGUCACUGGGUCAUUGUGUGCACAAGCAGACACUCACCACGUCAGCCGCGUGCUCAAUGAAGAUGUGGUUGCCGAACCUGAUCUUCUGUGUUACCUCCCCAGGCACAUCUGUCCGCAGCUCCUGCAGCUGUUCAAUGAGCUGCCACAGCCGCUUGCUGGGGAAGGCAUCCUCUGUGCAGAUAUAGACAGCCCCUAGGAAGUCAGAGUGCCCAGUGUGUACAAGACCUGUGGCUGCACAGACCAAAAGGAGUCUUCUGCCUGUCUCUAACUUCUGCCCCUUAUACGUUUCCCCCGAGAAAGGCAGCAGGUUAGACCUGAGUAUCCCAUCUGUGGCUACCUUGCUGGUUCCUUAGGCAUGCAGGCUAGCCCUGUCCUGAGUACACACAUCCCCUCUUCCUGAAUACCCUGCUAUCUCAUGCCUGCUCUCCAGGUCCUCGCUGGGCUGGGCAGGACAGAGGGUGGAUCACCAGGGUUAAGGGACUUUGGGACAUGUUCCUCAGACUCAGGACAGUUCACAGGCUCCUCCUCUCUCUGUGUGUCUACUUGAUGAUGCUGGUGCACAAACAGCCCUUGAGCCAUAUGCUGUGGUGCCACCGAAUCGCCCUGUGUGUGGGCAGCAGAACUGUUGGAAUCUACGUGAUUAGUUCUAGGACUCUGAGUGGAAAGAGCCCAGUGGCUUGCCCGAAACGUCAAACUGCAGAGUAAGGAAACUGCUUCAUAAGACAAAUACUGCCCAUGCUUCAAAGGACUCAGUCAAGAAAGCAAAGGUCGGGCUGGAGAGAUGGCUCAGCGGUUAAGAGCACUGACUGCUCUUCCAGAGGUCCUGAGUUCAAUUCCCAACAACCACAUGGUGGCUCUCAUCCAUCUGUAAUGGGGUCUGAUGCCCUCUUCUGGUGUCUGAAGACAGCUACAGUGUACUCAUACAGAAAAUAAAUAAAUCUUAAGAAAAAAGAAAGAAAAGAUCAUCCACAAAAUGGGAAACAGAGCCAACAAUAUUCUGGACUUAAUGUAAAUAUUUAAAAGUUUCUGCUCAAACAGGGCCUCACUUCCCUGGCCUCCAGCCUGCCUGCAUCAAUCUUCCUGCGCCUGCAUCCUGAGGGCUGGGGUUACAGGCGUGUACCAUCACAACUGGUGUGGAAGACUCGGUAGGCAAAGGGCUCUGGGUCUUCUGGGGAUGACCUGACAGAAGGCACGUCAGAGGCUCACAGAACAUCGCUACAGACCUCUGCAAUGCUGGGAACCCUGGCCCUGUACAAGGCAGCGUCAGUGAGAAUGAGGGAAACUGGAGCCUUUAGCAUUGCUUCAUGUGGUGGAAACCAACAUGAAGUGCUGUAGUAAAGCCCCAGCUGGUGCAGAACCGGGCAGAGCACAGGAUCCAGACCAGCUUCCUGGCUUGGGCACAGGACUCAAGGCGGAAAUGGCAGAGACCCUGGCUUGUUUUGUUUUGUUUUGUUUGAGACAGGGUUCUCUGUAACACAGCUCUGGCUGUCCCAGACUUGCUUUGUAGAUCAGGCUGACCUCGAACUCAGAGCCCACUUGCCUCUGUCCCCUGAGUACUGUGAUUAAAGGCAGGUGCCACCA